AUGUCCAGAGAGUCCAUGUUAAUAUUGGUGCAAAAUUUCAGCAUUGUAGCUUUGUCAGGGUGCUCAAUAGCGGUUUUUACCAUUGAGUUAAUACACCAUGGUUGGAUACCAUUCCUGUUUAGUGUUUCGAGUAUAGUAGCUCGUCUUCAGCUACGGACAACAUGGUUAGAUAUGGUGUGCAACCUAGGUUUUUGGAGGUGUAUACAAAUAGAGUUUCAUUAUAUAAGAAUAAAGUGCUUAUGGUGUGGCAUGGAAGCUCCUCGUGUUAGAAAGGGUAAAUCGUCUGAUGAAGAGGAACAGAUGAAGAGGACAGAUGAAGAGGAACAGAUGAAGAGGAACAGAUUUGGCGAUGCCUUCACCCAUUUUUUGGUUCCAAGAACAAAGGAGCUGGUCUUUAUCUUCAACAGGACGUUACAUUUGGAGGUCAAUACGGUUAUGGUGGAGCACAAAUGUCCUAAAGGCGACUCUUGGAACGAAGCCAGGUGUAAACAGAUAGAGCUUCAUUAUACAGAAGUCAAGUGCUUAUGGUGUGGCACAGAAGCUCGCAAGGCAAGUUUGUUUUAG